CGGGCGGCGCGGAGGCGGCGUCCGGGCAGCCAUGUCGCCUUUGUCUGCGGCGCGGGCGGCCGUGCGGGUGUACGCGGCGGGCGCGGCGGUGGUGCUGGCGCAGCUGGUGCGGCGCUGCGUCGGGGGCUUCGCGGAGCCAGCAGGUGCGCAGGAAUGAGUGGAGGCCCCGCAGGCGGGCCGCGGCGGAGAAGCCAUGGAGGCGAAAGGCCUGGACCCGUCCCAGACAGACCUCAAGUUAGUGGCUCACCCGCGCGCCAAGAGCAAAGUGUGGAAGUACUUUGGCUUCGACACGAACGCGGAGGGAUGCAUCCUGCAGUGGAAGAAGAUCUACUGCCGCAUCUGCAUGGCCCAGAUCGCCUACUCGGGCAACACCUCCAACCUCUCCUACCACCUGGAGAAGAAUCACCCCGACGAGUUCUGUGAGUUUGUCAAGAGCAACACAGAGCAGAUGCGCGAGGCCUUUGCCACCGCCUUCUCCAAGCUGAAGCCCGAGGCCUCGCAGCUGACCCCGCCGGACUCGCUCGCCACCAAAGCCGGCCACGGCCACGAGAGCAAGCGGCAGCAGGAGCUCACGGCCGCCGUCAUCGGGCUCAUCUGCGAGGGCCUGUACCCCGCGUCCAUCGUGGACGAGCCGACGUUUAAGGUGCUGCUGAAGACCGCCGACCCCAGGUACGAGAUGCCCAGCAGGAAGUACCUGUGCAGCAAGGCCAUCCCCGAGAAGUACGGCGCCGUCCGCGAGGCCGUCCUCAAGGAGCUCGGCGACGCGUCCUGGUGCGGCAUCUCCACCGACAUGUGGAGGAGCGACAACCAGAACCGUGCCUAUGUCACGCUGGCCGCGCACUUCCUGGGCGGCGGGGCCCCCGGCUGCCUGUCCGUGGGGUCCCGCUGCCUGAAGACGUUCGAGGUCCCGGAGGACAACACCGCGGAGUCCAUCACCAGGGUCCUGUACGAGGCCUUCAUCGAAUGGGGCAUCAGCGCCAAGGUGUUCGGGGCCACCACGGACUGCGGCAAGGACAUCGUGAAGGCGUGCUCCCUGCUGGACAUCUCGGUGCAGAUGCCCUGCCUGGGGCACACGUUCAACGCCGGCAUCCAGCAGGCCCUGCAGCUGCCCAAGCUGGCCGGGCUGCUCGCCCGCUGCCGCAAGCUGGUGGAGUACUUCCAGCAGUCCACGGUGGCCAUGUACAUGCUCUACGAGAAGCAGAAGCAGCAGAACAUGGCGCACUGCAUGCUGGUGAGCAACCGCGUGGCCUGGUGGGGCAGCACGCUGGCCAUGCUGCAGCGCCUCAAGGAACAGCAGUUUGUCAUCGCCGGCGUGCUGGUGGAGGACAGCAACAAUCACCACCUCAUGCUGGAGACCGCCGAGUGGGCCACCAUCGAGGGGCUGGUGGACCUGCUGCAGCCGUUCAAGCAGGUGGCGGAGAUGCUGUCCGCCUCCAAGUACCCCACCAUCAGCAUGGUGAAGCCGCUGCUGCACAUGCUGCUCAACACCACCCUCAACAUCAAGGAGACGGACUGCAAGGAGGUGAGCAUGGCCAAGGAGGUGAUCGCCAAGGAGCUGUCCAAGACCUACCAGGAGACCCCGGAGAUUGACAUGUUCCUGAACGUGGCCACCUUCCUGGACCCCCGCUACAAGCGCCUGCCCUUCCUGUCCGCCUUCGAGCGGCAGCAGGUGGAGAACAGGGUGGUGGAGGAGGCCAAGGGCCUGCUGGACAAGGUCAAGGAUGGCGGCUACCGGCCGGCGGCCACUGCCGAGGACAAGAUGUACGCGCUGCCCGAGGAGCCGCCCGUGAAGAAGCUGGUGCUGGCGUCCACGCCGCCGCCCACCAGCGUCAUCAACAGCAUGCUGGCCGAGAUCUUCUGCCAGACGGGGGGCGUGGAGGACCAGGAGGAGUGGCACGCACAGGUGGUCGAGGAGCUUAGCAACUUCAAGUCCCAGAAGGUGCUGGGUCUCAACGAGGACCCGCUCAAGUGGUGGUCCGACCGCCUGGCGCUCUUCCCCGUGCUGCCCAAGGUCUUACAGAAGUACUGGUGCGUGGCGGCCACCCGCGUCUUCCCCGAGCGGCUCUUCGGCUCCUCUGCCAACGUGGUCAGCGCCAAGAGGAACCGGCUGGCCCCGGCGCACGUGGACGAGCAGAUCUUCCUGUACGAGAAUGCGCGCACCGGGGCCGAGGCCGAGCCGGAGGACGAGGACGAGGGCGAGUGGGGCCUGGACCAUGAGCAGGUGUUCCCCCUUGGGGAUGCUGUGCACGCUGGCUUCUUCGGCAUCAGGGACAGCGGCUUUGUGUAGCUGCCGGUGGGUGGACAGGUGGUCACCACGGCGCUGGCCGCUCCGCUGUAAAUACCAAGCGCGCGGGGGUGGCCGUGCUGGCGGGAAAAACGUGGGCUACGCACCUUUCCUCUGAGAGCCCCCUCGCAUCCCAGCCAAAGCGUAGGGAUGCGCUGGGAAGGUUCCAGAAGCCCCUUUACGCACCUGCUGGCUGCCGGUUGCAGAUGAUAGCUCCCAGAGCAGUGCAGCCAGGAGGGAGGGACAGUGCAGGGAGGGACGGAGGGAGGGAGGCCCCUUCGCUUCCCAGAUAAGGAAUUCCACCCCCCAGGACCAGGUCCUGUUCUCCGCGGGAGGGCUAGCUGUAAACCCAGCUGGGAAAAUUAAAAAAAAAAAAAAAAAAAACUCCCACGUCCUUCCAGCCCAGAGGCUGUCAGCAGGCCUUUGCACACCUGUCGCACUCGUGCGCUCCCGUUUACUGUCCAGUCCAGGUGGGUGCGGCUGGGGGACACUGUCUGCAGCCCACGUGCCCCGCGAGGAAGACACAGCAGCUUCAGGUUUGGUGCAAAGCGUGAAAAGGGAACACAGGGCGAAGCCGUGCCAAAAACGAGCAGGAGAAAGGCGUGGGGCGCGCCUCGUCUUCCGCCCUGGCCCUCGCUGCCAUUCGCUCUGUGCAUGUGGUCCCGCGAGCCCGAGGCACCUGGGUCCUGAGCGUGCUCGUGUGUCCCCGGAGCUUCGGAGGGUCCUCCCUUUCCCCAGGACGAGAGUGGAGACCCUCCUGCCCGCCCUCGGAAACCCUGGUUUUCAAAAUUACCAGGGACCGGAAUGUGCCCAGGGUGAUUGCACUUCUCCCUUGGGGGGCAGGGUGGGGGGGUCGAGGGACUCUUGCAUUGUGUCUUUUUAACUCUGUGCUGCGAGGGCCGCUGAUUUAUUUUUUUUAAAACAUGGACAACGGGACGCUUUUGCCUUGAUGACUACAUCCAGGAACCUGGAGCCGCUGGGCACGACGCGUGCGGGCAGCACCUGCGGGCAUCCCGGACAUUGAGGGAGGCGGAUGCCGCCGUGUCCUACGGAGGUGACCCCCCGCGGGGCCCCUACCAGGAACGAGACUUGGGUCCCGACGACACCGACUGGGUAGGAGGUUUCCUCACGGGAUGUGCUUUUUUGUUGUUUUUUUUGUUUUGUUCUGUUUCCUAUUUAACGCUUUCGAAUUUGACUCUUGUUCAAUAAACCCGAGAAGCCAGCGGGCUCCUA